AUGGUGAGAGACUACGACAUCUCCAACAACGAAAGGCAGUUUGUUCUGCAGGCGCUGGAACAGAACGUGCGGCUUGACGGCCGCAAGCUGCUGGAGAUGCGCGACGUGGAUAUCUUUGUGUCGCCAGAUGAAUAUGGGUACGUGGAGAUAAGUCUGGGCAAGACAAAGGUGGCCUGCCGGGUGACGGCCGAGAUCGCCAAGCCGUACGAGGACCGGCCGUUUGACGGGAUUUUUCAGAUCAGCACCGAGAUCUCGCCUAUAUGUUCGCCGUUUUUCGAGAGCGGACUCACUUCUGGCGGGAAACAGUCGAACGACGAGGUGCUCAUCUCGAGAUUGAUAGAAAAAGCUGUUCGUCGGUCUGGAGCACUUGAUUUGGAAAGCUUGUGCAUCAUUGCCGGAUCCAAGUGCUGGUCGAUCCGCGCAGACUUACAUUUCCUCAACUACGACGGAAAUUUCAUAGAUAUCUCGUCGAUCGCCGUGAUGGUGGCACUUUUGCAUUUCCGCAAGCCAGACAUGGAAAUCGACGGCAACAACGUCAUUCUGUUCGACCAGGACCAGAGAAACCCGGUGCCGCUUUCGAUUCUGCACAUCCCGCUCUGUUUCACUUUCCAAUUCUACAACCCCAACGACGACGAGGAAAACAUCAAAGGUAACCUCAACAACGAACUAAUUCUCCUGGACGCCAGCCUCAUCGAGGAACGGCUCAGUCUGGGCUCCAUGACGCUCACAAUCAACAAGAAUAAAGAACUCUGCCAGCUCGUCAAGAGCGGAGGCCUCAACAUCGACGCCAGUCUCAUCAUGAACUGUUGUCAGCACGCAAGCAACCUAGUGGACGAUCUAACCAAGAAAAUCAACUCUGUCUUGAAACACGACGCUCAUUUGCGUGAAAACCCGCUGGAAAAGGAAUUACAAGUCGUCAAUCAACGAGACACAUAA